CAUAUCAGCAGUUUAUUUCUCUGUAGCCCAAUAUAUGUACUCCCUCAAACUCAUUAUCGUAACUCACUUAUUAUUCCUUGAAACUUGUAUGACGAUCGAUCAUGGCGACAGCGCAACCAGUCGUAGUAUCAUUGGCCGAUUUGAAGAGUGGGAACAUCUCUUUUGAGACACUACAAGAGGCAUUCGGUCCAGACUCACUUGGUAUCCUCGUUGUCAAAGAUGUGCCCGCAGAGUUUGCACAAUUAAGACAUCAACUUUUGUCUUACGCCUCGUACAUGGGGAACUUAUCAGAAGCAGACUUUGAGAAGUUCACGAAUGAAGCAGCGAAGUACCUCGUAGGGUGGUCCAAGGGGAAGGAGAAACUCAAAGAUGGAAGCGCAGACGAAUAUAAAGGAUCCUUCUACGCCAACUGUGCAUUCUACAUAGAUCCAACUUUGGAAUCGGCCGAACCUACGGAAAAGUUUCCUUUAGAUAAGUUUCCAGAGUACCUAGCGCCGAACUCAUGGCCGCCAAAAGAGAUGUUACCAGGGUUCAGGCCGACGAUGGAGAGGAUGUGCAGUCUUAUAAUUGACACAGCGGUGCUAGUCGCACGAGCUUGCGACCGAUUUGCCGAGAAGGAAAUCCCGGGUUACCCUUCAGCUUACUUAGAAACGGUUGUCAAAUCGUCGUCCACGACAAAAGCUAGGCUCCUUCACUAUUAUCCGAUGCCCGAGGAAGUGAUGGCGAAAGGCCAAGCAGAGGAUAAUUGGUGUGCGGUACAUAAAGAUCAUGGUUGUUUGACUGGACUAACAUCAGCCAUGUUUGUCGACGAACUCAAGACAGACGCUAAGGUGCCGGAUUUCGGCGAAAAGGUGCCGGAGUUGCUACCGACGCUAGAAGAGUUGCCCGGAUCGCCGGACCCGCAAGCGGGACUUUGGAUUAAAGAUAGAAAGGGGGUGCCGGUCCAGGUCAAGAUACCUAGGGACUGCAUCGCCUUCCAGACUGGCGAGACACUAGAACGAAUUACCGGAGGGAAGUUCAAGGCCGUAGAACAUUCGGUUAGAGGAGCGUAUGCGAAAGGUGUAGCUCGCAACACGCUAGCGGUCUUUACGCAGCCGAAUCUAGAAGAUGAGGUUGAUCUAGACCAGCAUAUCACUUUCGGGGAGUUUGCCAGGGGUAUCAUAGCAAAGAAUACAGUCUAGAUAACGUUUAUUCCAAAUUAAAGCGGAAGAUUUGCGCAUACCUAGACAACUUAGUUCAUUCACAGCAUAUUUGGCC